CAUGAACUUUGAAGGCGGCACGACGCGAGCUGUGCAUACCCACAGCUUGUAAACACGCUUUGAAAAUCAGCAAAAUCAUCCAUUUCAAACGCUGCGGCGCUCGCUUGCUCGUCUCCGCGCGGCCGCACUACAAGCAGGCUGCUCUCUCUCAGCACUGUGACGCCGAGGCAUGGCGCGCACGUUCUCAUUGAUAGCGCUCCUCUACAGUGCAAGCGCAGCACGCAGGGGAGCAAGCAGACCGCCGCCCUGCCCCUACAAGGAGUUAGGAGUAACAAAAACGGCGUCCGACGACGACAUCAAGCGGGCCUACAAAGCAGCAGCGCUCAAGUUACAUCCGGAUAAGGCGCCGCCCAACAAACGGCAGACAUACGAGGCGAAGUUCAAGCGCGUCAACGCGGCCUACCAGAAAGUUCGCGACGCCGACGCGCGGCGAAAACACGCACGCGAGACCCCAGGGUCGCCGUUUCGAGCUCCACCACCAGCCCAGGAGCUGCGCGUGCCUCUGCGCGUGUCCGUCGAGGACUUGUUGAGAGGCGCGACGCGCUACGCGGUGAUUUCAUCAUCUGGUUUUACGUUCCUGUUACCUGUCAAAAUUGAGGUGGGCAUGCGUCCUGGAGAUAUUGUGGAUAGAAAAGCACACGGCGACACUAUCUUGACUGUGGUCCUCGAGCAGAAGCCUGGGUUAUAUAGGGUCGACGGCGAGGACUUGCAUCGAAGCGCCUGGCUGCAGCAGUGGUCAAAACCGACGUCCUUGAGGUUACGGGCGCCCGGGGGCCGCUUCCCUUUCCUGGGGAAGGAUGAUGUGGUCGUGCUGCCGCGCAAGGGCAAGAAAUGGGGAGACGGCUUUCGGCUCCGCAAGAAAGGUAGGGGUUUGUACGCCAAAGGUGGCCUGGAGCGCGGCGACUUGGUCGUGACCGUGCGGCGGCGAUCAUUACGAGGCUCUCUUGCAGUACUUGCGGCGAGAUUGAGCCCGCUCGUUGCGGUCAUAACCGCAAUUCAGAACCGGACGCGUACGAUACAGCAAGCGCGUCAAGCGCGAGAUCUAGCAAAAAAACACGGUCCUGGAAUACUGGAGGGCUUCUCGUCGUUUUUGGCCGCGCGGCGCGUCUUCGACGACCUCCAGCGCUACGCGGGCGCGCCCGCGACGCAAUGGUAA